GGUAUCCACCUGGUCACGGUAAUUUCUACGAAGCAUUCUAUAACUCUGGUUUGCUGGAUAAGUUUAUCGCAGAUGGAAAGCAGGUAUGUUUCGUAUCAAAUAUUGACAAUAUGGGCGCUACAGUGGAUCUGAGCAUACUGAAUUUCGUUGUACAUGGUGCAGAAGGCGCUCCACCAGAGUUUGUCAUGGAGGUGACUGAUAAGACAAGGGCUGACGUUAAGGGUGGUACUCUUAUCGAUUACGAAAAUCGUCUUAUGCUUCUCGAGAUUGCUCAAGUGCCCAAGGAUUAUGUGGAUGAAUUUAAGAGUGUCAGCAAAUUUAGAAUUUUCAACACCAACAAUCUAUGGGUACGAUUAGAUGCGAUAAAGAGAGUGGUUGAGAAGAAUGAACUGGAAAUGGAAGUGAUCGUUAAUCCAAAACAUCUUGAACGAGGCAUCGAUGUCAUUCAGUUGGAGACUGCUGCAGGUGCUGCCAUCAAGAACUUCAAAGGAUCGUGUGGUAGGUUGAUUUCAAUUUUGUGGAUGCAUAUAGCCUUGAAGGAGUCUCGUUUC